AUGAAUGCAGAUAUCGAGUGCAUCGGUUAUGACACUAAAGAUCAACGAAAGCGACCACGGUACCGUGGUCGCACACCUGAACAGUACUGGAGUAGCUCAAACUUGUACUGGGCUGUUCUGAAAGGCCAUGAGGACAUAGCGGAGGCCCUUUUCGCACACCUUACUCAAAUGAAGGUCGAGAUUCCAAGUCUCACUGUGGAAUCUGUUCACCGUGCACUGUAUUCCGCUGCUCACAGUGGCUAUUUUUCUAUCACAAAAAUGCUGCUUGAUCUCGACUCUAACUCCAUACGACCACCUGAUUAUUACGACACAGUUUUGUCCUACGCGUUAGGAGAGGAAGAUUAUUGGUACAACGAGAGAUAUUGCUCUUGCACGAAGCAAGAUAUUUGCUCUGAAUCCAAGAAAAAGUCACUUACAGACCAUUAUGCGACUGUGAAGCUACUUCUUGAUCUCGGUGCCCACUGCAAUUAUAUCGGGUCUCAAUUCUCUUCGGACAUGCCGUUAUUGCUUGCACUGUUCAAGUGUAGCUCGUUCGCCAACGGAAUUUUGAAGCUGCUUAUCGAACGCGGUGCGAGGGUGAGCAGCAAAGACGUGCUUCAUGGGUUCGUUGAAACCUCGAACUGGUGUUCGUUCGCCAACGAAGAAACAGCAAACCUUCUUGUUGAUCACGGAGCAGAUUCCAGUGUACGGGAUUACAUCGGGACGACUGUUCUAAACAAAAACAACAAAAAGGGCUUGAUAGAACUACUCGCUGCUUGCGGACUUACACUAGCCAAAAUCGAUGGUUGGGGAAUAAAAGAGACUUCCGAAGACAGGGCUGAGUUGAUGGAGCAGCUAUUGGAUCUUGAUGCCAAUAUCAAAUACCGAACUGCCUCUGGACCAAAUCCACUUCAGUCGCCCAUCUCGGAUAGAUCAAACCCAUAUGAAUUCAAUUCUGAUGAAGAUGAAUUAAAUGGACUCGGCCGGUUUGGACACCCAACAUCUGAACGCAAAACUGAGGAACCUGAUUAUGAAACCUGUGUUUCAUUCAUUCACAAAUCGGUAAAGCACCUUUUGAGCUAUGGAGCCGAUGGGAGCAUUGGAAAUUGGGAAGAACAGACACCUCUUUACAAAACCGACAACGAGCGCCUAGUGAAGCUUAUUCUGGACCAUGGAGCGGAUGUGAAUGUUGUGGAUUCUUAUGGUCAAACACCGCUGCAUGCCAUGACAUACGGUGCAUCCAAGGCGAUGGUUGGAACCAUCGAAUUGCUAUUGAAGCAUGGAGCAGAUAUCGGUGCAAAGAACGCCGACGACAACACACCUCUCCACCUCGCAGUACUAACAUCGGCACGGGAAGUGCUCAACUUGCUUCUUGCUCAUGGAGCGGAUUGGAAUAGCCGCAAUUCGGAUGGGGAGACUCCAAUGGAUCUUUUGGCGCAUCGCCGGAGUCAUCAAGAGCAAUUCUCGUUUAACAGAAACAAAAAAGGAGAUUUGAUGGCCUUUAGAUAUCAAAAGUUGCCGAAUCGGUAUUGGCGUGGGUGGGAAACUUUUGAGGAUCGUCCACAUUAUUAUUAUCAUUAG